AUGGACUGUAGUCUCGAUCUCACCUUGCCGUCUCAGCAACACCCCCAGACGGAAUUGCUAACCGGUCAUGAGUAUUGUAGCGAAGUUACCGCUUCAGAGCAAGCCAAACCUCUCUCGGCUCAGGUACGGGCAUCGAAUCCCGCUGGGAGUGCUGAAGAAACUUUCAAGCGAAGCCGAAAAUGUAGUCCAGUCCAGUUCAGUAUGGUACAGAUGAAAUGGCCUUUUGGAAGGUGA